CCCUGCGGGACAACAGGAUCCAGCUGGAGAGGUCCACCCCCAACGAGCUGACCAUCAGCAUCAGGGACGUGGUGCUGGCAGACGAGGGCGAGUACACCUGCUCCAUCUUCACCAUGCCAGUGCGCACUGCCAAGGCCCUGGUCACCGUGCUGGGAGUCCCCCAGAAGCCUCAAAUCUUCGGCCACGAGCAGCCCAUCGACGAGGAGAAGAUGGCCAGGCUGACCUGCAGGUCCUCUGGCAGCAAGCCUGCAGCACAGCUCCGCUGGAGGAAGGGCAACAAGGAGCUGAAGGAUGAGGGCACUCAGGUGGAGGAGGAUGCCAACGGGAAGACCUUCACGGUGAGCAGCAGGGUGGAGUUCCGAGUGACCAAGGAGGACAACGAGGCUGAGGUCACCUGCACCGUGGACCACGAGUCCCUGCAGAACGCAGAGAGGUCGACCACACAGAGGCUGCAGGUCCACUACAAGCCGACGGCGAAGAUCGAACCUCACCCCCAGUACCCGCGGGAGGGAGAGAAGCUGCAGCUGCAGUGCGAUGGGCAGGGGAACCCCAUCCCCCAGGAGUUCCUGUGGGAGAAGGAGGGCAGCGAUGCCCCCCUGCAGCUCAGCUCGGAGAGUGUCCUCAUCUUCCCCUUCCUCAACAAGAGUGACAGUGGCACCUACGUCUGCACUGCCACCAGCUCCAUGGGCAGCGUCGUGGCCAAGUACAACCUGGAUGUCAGCGAUCUUUCCCAGCUCCCCACCCCACACCUUCACUCCACUCCAGCCCCUCCGCCAGGCCCUUCCCAGCUCACCUCCCAUGCAUCCAUGGCCUCUGCUCCAUCCUUCACUCCAGCUCCCAGCCCAGAUGCCAGCCCGGUGCCCUCCACGUCCAGCACCUACCACGCGGUGAUCGGCGGCGUGGUGGCCGUCAUCGUCUUCCUCCUGCUCAGCCUCCUCAUCGUCCUGGGGCACUACCUGAUCAGGCACAAAGGUUUGUGCAUAAGCCACGGGCAGACGAUCACCUCCAGACACCGGCAGCCCCCCGCAGAGGUGAUGUGUACCUACCUGACCCACGAGGCCAAGGGCUCUGACGACGCGCCGGAUGCCGACACAGCCAUCAUCAACGCGGAGGGAGGCCAGGCCGGCGGCGACGACAAGAAGGAAUAUUUCAUCUAG